CAGAGCCCCGUCGGCGUGGGGACACGUAGCUGGUGGGAUCGCGCCAUGGCCUGGGCCCCUCUGCUCCUCGUGGUGCUCGCCCACGGCUCAGGUUCCCUGGUCCAGGCAGCAGUGACUCAGCCGGCCUCGGUGUCCGUGUCCCCGGGAGAAACCGCCCGGAUCACCUGCUCUGGGGGUAGCAGCUACUAUGGCUGGUUCCAGCAGAAACCAGGUGGUGCCCCGGUCGCUGUGAUAUACAACAACGACAAGAGACCCUCGGGCAUCCCUGCGCGAUUCUCCGGUUCCUUGUCUGGCUCCACAAACACGUUAACCAUCACUGGGGUGCAAGCCGAGGACGAGGCCGUGUAUUACUGUGCGAGCUGGGACCCUGUAUCACUGUGUGCUGGUUUCGGCAGCGGGACCCUGUUGACCGUCCUGGGCCAGCCCAAGGCCUCCCCCACCGUGCACCUCUUCCCACCAUCCUCCGAUGAGAUCUCCACAAAGGGUGAAGCCACCCUGGUGUGUCUGCUGGGCAGCUUCUACCCCGGUGCUGCGAGUGUUGCCUGGAAGGUCGAUGGUGUCGCCAGGUCCAGCGGCGUGCAGACCACGACCCCUCAGAAGCAGAGCAACAACCAAUACGCGGCCAGCAGCUACCUGACGCUGAAGGCUGCCGAAUGGAAGAGUCACGAGAGCUUCUCCUGCGAGGUCACGCACGAUGGCCAGAAAAUUGAGAAGGUCCUCAAGAGAUCCGAGUGCUCCUCCUAACCCAUCAGGAGCUCCACCGUCUCCCAUCCUCAUCCCCUUCCUGUGCCUGCCCGUCCUGGUGGCUGCUGGUGGCAGCAGCUCUCCUCUGGCGCAGGUCCCUGGGGUCCCCCUGUGCCCGGCCCCUCUGUCCUGUCCCUGUGCCCCACACUUGUCCCCACACCCUGGGUGUCAUCCUAAUAAAUACAGACACUGAACUAGC